AUGGAUUGCUCGAUGACGAGCAGCGUGCUGUCGGCCAACUACAACACGGUGCUGUUCGAGUUCGGCGUCAUCCUCGUCACCAGCAAGAUCUUGUACGCCCUCCUCCGCAACGUCUACCAGCCCCGCGUCUUCUCCGACCUCCUCCUGGGCAUCAUCCUCGCGCAGUUCCGCGUCCUCUCCAUCACCAACGCCAUCAACCUGGUGUUCGGCAAGAUCGGCGGCUUCAUCUUCGCGCCCUACCUCUUCGCGCUCGGCGUCGAGAUGGAUCCCUUCUCGCUCCUCGACAGCCCCGCCGCCGACGCCGUCAUCGCCUACGCCGGCAUCGCCUCCACCUGCGUCCUCGUGACGCUCUGCCACGGCGCCAUCACCUCCACCUCUCGUACCCACACGGGCAUCGUCCACGAGCGCUCCCUCCGCGCCUUCCUCGGCCUCGCCGCCGCGCUCGCCAACACGGCCUCCCCUGUCCUCACCCGCCUCGCCACCGACCUCAAGAUCGCCAAGACCAACGUCGGCCGCCUCGCCGUCGGCGCCGGCAUCACCUCCGACAUGGUCACCACCCUGCUCAUCGCGCUCGGCAGCAUGAUCUGGCGUGACAGUGACGCCGACGCCGCCGCGCCCUUCGCCCAGCCCGCGCUCACGGCGUCCGUCCUCGCGGUCGUCGUCAUGUCCGCCUUCAUGUCCCGGGCCAUGGCCGACUGGGUGGACGGCCGCAACCCCGAGGGCCGGCGCAUGCGCGGCUUCGACCUUUCCCUCGUAGCGCUCGUGGCCGCCACGCUCUGCUGGUUCAUCUCCGUGCUCCGCCUCGACAUCAACAUGGCCGCCUUCCUCGUCGGCCUCGCCUUCCCCAGCGACGGCCGGGUGUCGCGGUUGCUCGUCAGCAAGAUCAACUUCGUGCUCUCCUCCUUCGUGCUGCCGCUCUACGUCGCCCACGUCUGCCUCUCGCUCCGGCAGACCACCGACGACAUCGAGGUCGCGGGCCUCAAGCCCGACGAGGGCCUCCGCGCCUACGUCAUGCAGCUGCCCUUCCCAUGGUGGAAGGUCUUCUUGGCCACCUCCAUGGGCACGCUCGGCAAGCUCGUCGGCUGCACCGGCGUCGGCCUGCUCCGGGGCCUCGGCUGGCUCGAGGCGCUCGCGCUCGGCAUGCUGCUCAACGUCAAGGGCUACUUCCACAUCUACUGUGCGCUAGCCGCCUUCGAGGCCGGCAUCAUCACCGACAAGUCCUUCAUGGCCAUCAUCUUCGUGGUGGCGCUCAACGUUGCCGUCACGCCCAUGGUGGGGAUGGGGAUCGCCUCCUGGGCACGCCGGAGCGUGCAGUGGCGCCUCAUGGGCCUCCAACACCACGACCCCUCGACGGAGCUGCGCCUCGUCGCCGGCCUCCGCGGCCCGCAGGAAGUGCCGACGCUCGCGUUCCUCAUGGAGUCGCUCCGGUGGGGCGCCGGCAACGGCGAGAUCGCGUGCUACGCCGUUGACAUGGUGCAGCUGACGGACCAGACGGCUUCUUCAAUCGUGAAAAGCGGCGGGUUGGACGGCGUGACGGUGGUGGACGAGGAGGUGUCGGAGAUGCGGAAGCUCAUCGGCGAGGCGCUAGACGCGUACCGGGCGGAGUGCGGUGGCGAGGGCGGCAAGGUGAAGGUGCGCCGGCUGCUGGCGCUGUCGUCGUUCCCGGACAUGCACAGUGACAUGUGCAUCUGCGCCGAGGACGCCAUGGCGGCGUUGAUCCUAGUGCCGUUCCACAAGACACAGUGCCUGGACGGCACCAUGGACGGCGGCCACUUCGGGUUCCGGCUGGUGAACCAAAAGGUGCUACAGCUGGCGCCAUGCUCGGUGGGGAUCAUCGUGGACCGCGGCCUCGGCAAGCAGCAUCGUCCAGACAGCACGGCGCAGGCGUCUGUGGCGGUGCUCUUCAUCGGCGGCGCGGACGACCGGGAGGCGCUCACGCUGGCGUCCUUCAUGUGCAAGCAGCGGGCCUCGGUGCGGCUCACGGCGCUACGGGUGGUGCAGAACGCGACGGCGCAGGCGCGGGCCAAGGCGCGCACGAGCCUCUUCGAGUCCAAGAGCAAGCGGCACAUGCCUCUGGCGGCGACGACGACCGGGCAGGAGGAGCUGCAGGCGCGGGCGGACGACAAGUUCUUCGCCGAGUUCUACCGGAAGCACGUCGCCGGCAACAAGUCCGUCGGGUACAUGGAGAAGCACGUGGCGGACGGGGCGGAGCUCGUGGCGGUGCUGCGGGGGAUGCAGGGGGACUACCGGUUGUUCGUGGUGGGCCGAGGGAGGGACCGCAACUCGGUGCUCACCGAGGGGCUGGAGGAGUGGGCCGAGUGCCUGGAGCUCGGCCCCGUCGGCGACAUCCUCGCCUCCUCGGACUUCUCAACGACGGCGUCCGUGCUCAUCGUGCAGCAGUACGACGCCAAGAAGCACUACAAGGUAAUCGAUGAGGAGUUCAUGCCCUUGUAA